AUGCGCGUACUGGUGACUGGAGGUGGAGGCUACCUAGCCGGCCAUAUCAUUAAUCAAUUACUUCGGCGAGGGCAUAGUGUCGUGACCACCGCGCGCACGAAAACCAAAGCCGAGAAAUUGAAGAAGCGCUACGCAGAAUUGGAUCACGCUGUCUUCGACGUGGUCAUCGUGGAAGACAUUGCGAAAGAAGGGGCAUUCGACGAAGCGGUUGUCUCUUCACCACCAUUCGACGGCGUCUGUCAUCCCACAUCGCCGUUUCAUUUUGCGGUAACUGAACUGCUUGACCCUGCCAUCAUCGGCACCACUGGGAUUCUCAGAUCCAUCAAGGCACAUGCACCAAGUGUGCGGCGCGUGGUCAUCACCUCGUCGCUAGCGGCAAUGAUUCAUCCAUGGCAAGGUGCUUGGCGGAACUAUCCAGGCCAUACGUACACUGAAGCCGACUGGAACCCGAUCACGGCUGAGCAAGCAUUCCAGGACCCCCUAUGUGGAUACCGCUUCUCAAAGAAGCAGGCGGAGCAAGCAGCCUGGAGUUUCGUUGCAGAGGAUCCAGCGCUGAACUUUACUUUACAAACGAUUUGUCCUCCGCUGAUGCUCGGACCGACUGCUUCUGGUGAUCUCUGGGAUGGCAAUCUAGCGAAUGUCAACGAAAGCUUGAAGCGUGUUAGAGAUAUUUGCUUUGGCAAAGCACGGGCCGACAACGAAAUACCGCCGAAUGGAGCGAGCUUUAUCUUCACCGACGUGCGUGACGCCGCGCAUUACCAUGUACUUGCCCUGGAGAGAGCAGACGACGUUUCGGAGCGAUACUUCAUUCCGACUGGCUGGUUUGCCAACGAGGAUAUUGUGCGUAUUGCCCGAGAGAAUUUUCCUGACCUUGCAGACAGUCUGCCACUUCCUGGCACCCCCGGAGGCUCGUGGCCAAAAGACGGAAUGUAUACGAUCGAUAACUCAAAGACGCGGAGCGCAUUUCCGACCUUUGUCGACUUCCGGUCGCUAGAGGAAUGUAUUAUUGAUACAGUACAGAGCCUAAAGGCUGUGGUUGCAUGA